GAAGGCUUCCAAGAAUGUACCGGAAGUACAGGUGUCGGCAAGCUCCAAUUCGUACCAGCGUCCUCGCAAUCCGGCUGGCGAAAACCCAAAACGCCAGAUACCCGAGUCCAAACUGGCGCUGCCAUUGUGACCACCAGCAAGUUCCAUCUCUGGGUUUCGUUGGCUUGCCUUGAAGUGGGUCGUGGACGAGUUGCUCUCAGCUUCCAGCCUGGAAAACGAGGUUGUUCAGGCAGUGCCUGUGGAACGCGAGAGCCAGAGAGAUAGUCCUGGCUUCUGAGGCUGCCAUACAAGAAACUCAGGAGGAGCUGACAAUUUCCCUGACCACCCUGUGGCUGGACCCAGCAUGUCACAGGCCACCAAGAGGAAGCAUGUGGUGAAGGAGGUGCUGGGAGAGCACAUAGUACCCUCUGACCAGCAGCAAAUAGUGAGGGUACUCAGGACCCCAGGGAACAAUCUGCAUGAGGUGGAGACGGCCCAAGGGCAGCGCUUCCUGGUGAGCAUGCCCACCAAAUACCGCAAAAACAUCUGGAUCAAGAGAGGGGACUUUCUUAUUGUUGACCCCAUUGAAGAGGGAGAAAAGGUGAAGGCUGAGAUCUCCUUUGUGCUGUGCAAGGACCACGUGCGCUCUCUGCAGAAGGAGGGGUUCUGGCCUGAGGCCUUCUCUGAAGUGGCUGAGAAGGACAACAACAACAGGAACAGACAAACUCAGCCAGAGCUCCCAGCUGAGCCACAGUCAUCGGGAGAAGAAUCUGGCUCCGAAGAUGACUCCGACCUCUUCGUUAACACCAACCGCAGACAAUAUUUUGAGAGUGAGGAGGAAAGUGAAGAGGAAGAGGCAGCUUGAGACCUGGGAUCCUCUUCUCUGCGUGCUCAGGGACUAGUCCCAGGCUCCCCGGGCUUGGACAUUCCCAAGGUGCCCUGCAGAUCUUUACCCCUGGAUGGGGACAAGGCCGGGCCCCUCUCUGAACUGUGCUUCUGACUUCGGCAAAUUAAACCCCUGGUGGGUGGUGACUUGUCUGGUGUCUGAGUGGCUCUCUGGGAGAGGGAGACUUGUAAAGUAAAAACCUGCUCCUUGGGGGCUUCAGGCCCAGUGGGCAAAAUGGGGAGGAAACAGAGAUGGGCAAGUGGUUGGCCCACAUGCAUUCUCUCUCAGUGGGCACUUAGUGCCAGGCCCUGUGCUAUUCUCCGUGCAUGUGUUUAACAGCGAGGAGCCACCCCACUUCGUUGCCUGCUUGCACUUAAUUCCUAGUACCCACCUGCCUCUAAGCUGCUCAGGACAAAUCUCAUGGUACCUCAUGAACUGCUUCCCUGGCCUUUCUAGUCUUCCUUACCAGGAGUGCCCAGCACCUGCUGUUCUGUGUCCACUGACUGGACCCUAUCUCUCUCACCCUUAAUCAUCUGUCACUUCCGGAAUAUGUGCUUUGUGAUCUGCAGACCUUGUACCUAUACCUGAUUUUAUCUGGAACUGGAUUUUUUUCUGACAACACAUGUUUCAUAAUCUUUUAAAUAGAGGCUACUGUGGGGUGUGGUGGCCCAUGCCUGUACUCCUAGUGCUUGGGAGACUGAGGCAGGAGGAUUGCCAAGAGUGCAAAGCCAGCCUGAACUACAUUUUCCUGUCUUGGAAACACUAAAAAAAGUAAAUAAAUAGAGGCUGCUUUUUCACUGUCACCCUUUGUGUCUGAGCACAAAGUAGGUAGGACAGGUGGCCUCCUUGUAGCUAUUCAGAUCAGCACUCCCUACUGCCUUCUGUAGUUCCUUUUCGUUGUUACUGUUUCUGUUUUUUGGAAAUGGGUCUCACUUUUGCUUUGGCUGGCCUCAAAUGUCUGAACUCAAGGAGUGCUCUUGCCUCAGUCUUGCAAGUACUCACUAGCCCUCCUGAAAACCAUGUCAUCCCUCUGCUUGGAAGUUUUUGUCUCUAGACCUGCACUGUCCUUGUCAUCACUAGCAUUGACCUCGUCACCAGUCUGUCAUUGGUGAAUUUACCACCUGUCCUUCCCUAAUGGGUUUUCUACACCCCGCAGUGGAGCUGACAGCACUGUGGACUUGGUCAUUCACUUUUGUGCCUGAACCCACGGCAUGAUAGGAGGUGAGACAGCAGCCACAAUUUGUACAAUAAUUCUUCAUUCCAGCCCUCACCUGGCACCCCCUAGCAGGUCUACUCUUGGGUGUCAGCUUCCCUUCCCAUGGUGAUUACUUAGCUGUAGCUCAUGCUUCAGGCGAGCAGCAGGAGCCAUGGGGAAAGUGACCUCACUGCACCUCUGCGGAUGUGCUCCCCUGUUUUAUCUUCCACCUCUCAUUAUAAGCUAGUGAAACUGGCGUGUUGGAGCCUCUCUCUUGCUUUCUUAAGGGCUUCAGUGUGGCUUUGGGUAUGGUUUCCUUUGGUUGCUUGAUUUGAAAGUUUCUUGGUCACUGUUGAAAGUGUCAGCAUAAACUUGCUGAAGAAUCUUCCAUUCUGUAGUAAUCAGAAAAAACUGUACCGGUCCCCACAUCCUGUCUGGUUUUAGCUUCAUUUUUCUGUUCCUCAGACACUUUAUGUUUGCUUAGUGUGUGUUAGGUGCACAUGUACGUGUACAUGUGAAAUAUAUGUGGAUGCAGAAAAUAAAGCAGAUGAGUUAAAGAUA